CCAAGCCCCUUUUGACCCUGAAGGGAUUUUAAGUACAGUGAUGGCUACAGUCUCUUGCUUGCUCGGUCUGCAAUAUGGGCACAUUAUUGUCCAUUUUAAGGAUCAUAAAACUAGACUAUUGCAGUGGUUUGUCCACUCAUGUGGUCUUGUGGCCUUGGCUGUGAUAUGUGAAGUGUGUGGGAUGCAUAUAAACAAGGUUCUAUAUUCUUUCAGUUACAUGUGCUUCACUACUGGCGCUGCUGGAAUUCUUUUUGCUUCAAUUUAUAUAAUGGUUGAUGUGUAUGGAUAUACACGCUUGACUGUGGUGCUGGAGUGGAUGGGAAAGCAUGCUUUAAUGAUAUUUAUUCUCGUAGCGUGCAAUGUUGUACCACUUAUUCUGCAGGGAUUUUAUUGGGGUCAACCUCAUAAUAACAUUCUAACUUCAAUUGGAAUUGGGGCACAGGGAUAGCAAAACAGCUCUUUACAUCUGUUUUCAGUCCAGUGCAGUAUUUAAGAUAGGUGAGGGUUAGCCAGUGAUGCAGAAUUUGUUCCCUCCGCCAUCUUAGAUGUCUACGUUCCUGCAUAGCACACGGUGGAGCAUCGACGUAGAAAGAGUUAGAAUGGUAGGAAAAUAAGUAGAAUUAUCAAUAUUUUUCACUCGUCUUAAAAGUUUUGUUUCAUCUUAUGGGUCAUUGAGGCUAUAGGAUUUUAUGUAUUUUGAUUAGUAACGCAGAUGCUACUCUGAAACCAGUUAAUUAUAAAUUACAUGGUCCUCUUGCACGAAAAAUUGAGCUGCUUGUUUGUA